AUGUCUAAGAAGAAGAAGAUGGAAGCAAAAGGAUUAAGUUCUUUCAAUUGCCAUGAAAAGCAAUUCAAACCACAACAAAUGUUCACCACAAAUCCCACGUUUCCCUUCUUCCACUUGAAAAGGAAUAAGCAAUGUGAAGUUUUGAAGCAAAACGAGAAUAUAAAUAAAUUUUCACAACCCUCCGAAAAGGCAAGUGAUAGCAAUGAGGUGACAUAUUUAUGGAUUCAUAUACAAAACAGAACAAACUAUAAAGGAGUGGGUGAUGAAGGAGGAGGGUUGAUGAAAUAUCACCACAAGAGUCAACUUGUUUUAUUUGCUUCUAGUUCUGUCAUUUCACGAGACAUCACAUCAUGUACUAAAAGUCAAAAUUUGUGUACACAUCGAGUUUUCAAAGCACCACAUAGCAAAUAUAUGCGCACUUUUCAAUGCUUUAUUGAUCCUUUAUUUUCAUCACAGAUCACGUACCAGCAACACCAACCAAAUUGA